AUGGGAGAAGACCCUGAUCCAAACGCAAAUGCAUUAAUCGAGCAAUUGCGGGAAGAGCUGGGAGCCUCCAUAGAGUGGAGACAGAAGCUCGAAGAAGAAUCUCAAGCAACUUUAGCAAGAUUAAAAGCUGAAUCUGAAGCAUCCUUGGAGAAGCUAUCCAAAGAGCUAGAAUCUGUCAGGAGCAACAAGAAGAAAAGGGUUAAGAUCGAUGACAUACCCCAAUUCACCCUGGUCUCCUCUGAUGAAUCUGAAGGUGAAGAUGCAGGAGAAGGAUCUCGUGGUGAUGAGGAGCAAUCUGAUGGGAAUCCCCACCCUAUGGCCAGUGCUCCUAAACUUGUAGCUUAUGAAUCUCGUGAUGGAUUCGCUGAAUCCCCAUUUGUGGAGGAGAUUGCUAAAGUACGUAUUCCCGCAAAGCUAAGCAUCCCCUCCUUCCCAAAGAUGUACGACGGAACCACUGAUCCCCAAGAUCAUGUGGGCCUGUACAAGCUAAAUAUGUGGCAAUUGUCAAUUCUGUGGGAACUAAUUGAGCCCACUAUGUGUACCAUCGCCAGCUUCUCCAGCUUGGUGAACAAAUUCUACCAACAAUUCGCUACCAGCCGAGAGCUGGAUAAGCAAAGCACUGACCUGUAUCGGAUCGUUCAGAAGCAGAACGAGACAACCCGGCAGUACUGGGACAGGUUCAAUCGAGAAAUUGUCAGCAUCAAAACUUGUGACCACUCAACUGCCAUCGAAGCCUUUUGCAAAGGUCUCAAUUACAGAUCCAGCUGGAAACCAAGGCGCAGCAACGUCAACAGCAUAUCUGAGCCAAAAGCAGGUGAAAGCUCCAGCUGGCCAGCUAUAGAGUACCAUCUAGAUAUCAACUCUUAUGGUUUCGAUACCGAUAUAGUAGGAGUGGUGAACGCUCUCAAAGAUAUUGGGCAACCGGUAAGGUGGCCUAGGAAGAGCGACAAACCCGACCACCAGAAGGAUAAAUCAAGGUGGUGUGAGUACCAUGGAGACCAUGGGCAUAGGACUGACGAAUGUAACAGUCUUAAAAGAGAAGUAGCCUGGCUGCCCAAAAGAGGCUAUCUGAAAGACCUCCUUGGAAAGAAGGGAAAAGGGCCUGAAGUUAAGCAGGAAGCACUACCAGGUCCGCCAGCUUCGCCUACCCCAGGCGUUGUGAUUCAAGCGAUAUCACGAGGAUCUAGCAUCAACGGUCUGACCUACUCCAAUACAAAGCGUAUAGCAAGAGUUGGCACCUCACCGUCCAGCAUCCCCCAAACCUAUCCAAGCAGUGAUGAAAAGAAGUUGGAUGAUAUGGCAAUACUAUUCGAUGAGAGUAGGUUUAACGAGCCCGAGCAUCAUGAUUGCUUGGUAAUCUCCCUCCAUGUGGGUCAAUGCAAGAUGAAGAGAGUACUGGUAGAUAAUGGAAACUCGGCUUAUAUAAUUUUCAAAGACGCUCUAGAUCAAGCCGGCUUCAAAGAGUCCGACAUUACCAAGAGGUCUAUAGUUCUGAUCGGGUUCAAUGGCGAACCUAUGAAUUCCUUAGCAGAAAUCCAGCUGCCUACGCUGCUCAAAGGAAUCAACAUGAUGCACAAGUUCUACGUAAUAGACUGCAAAAUCGCUUAUAAUGUGAUAGUUGGAACCCCUUGGAUCCAUAAAAUGAAAGCUAUCUCAUAUACCUAUCACCAGCUGCUCAAAUUUCCAAGCCAGUGGGGAGUAGCAGUAGCCGAGGGAGAUAGAAAGCAAGCGCGGGAAUGCUACCAGCUCGCCCUAAAACCCCAUGGCCCCACUAUUUAG